AUGCUCUUGCGGCCAAAGUCUGGCCGCAUGAGCGUGCAGGCUUUGCUCAGCCGAUCCGUGGGCGACAUCUGCUGCCGCGGCCGUGGCUGCAGAGCCUCCAGAUCAUGGCGCUACUCCAGGCACCUUGGCAGCGCCCGACGGUGCGGCCAUGGCGAGCAGCCCACGGAGGGAGUGGACCUCAGCGAGGAGCUCCGUGGCGCUGGCUCGGCGCAGGACGACAUCUCCGAACGCGUCAACUACGCGGUGUUGGACAAUCAGAAGGGCAUCAUCACCCAGUUGCAGCAGUACGGCUACUGUUUGAUCGACGGCUUCCUCGGGGGCAAGAUCCACGGGCACCCAGACCGGAUACGGGACGAGCUGAAGAAGCUCUUCGACCGAGGCUGGUUCUCGGAGGAGUCGGAGGAGGCCUCGGGCUUCAAGGUGGGCAGCUACAGGAUACGGUACGACGACAGGGACAACCGCUACAAGACGGAGCUCUUCUCCGCGGCCCCGUCUCGAAAGUUCGAUGGCAGCUCCGAGGCCAAGGAGAAGGCCGUCGAGACGCAGUACGAGGUGGCCCCCGGAGUGGUCAAGUUCGCGAGGUCGCUGCUGACGUGCCUGGCGGACCCGGUCGCACGGGCCGCGGGGGGCGCGAUGUCCACGAAGAUCGCCAUCGGCGAGGUGAACGCCCUCUGCGGCCAGGGCGCGAGAAUCGACCGGCGCGUCCACAACGUGUACGGCUGGAACACGCAGCAGGGUUUCAGCCGCGACCCGCGGAAGCUCACGAUCUUCUACUUCGCGAACCCCAAGUGGCGCCCGGAGCUUGGGGGCAACUUGCAGCUCGAGGGCGUCAUCUCGCCCACAGGCCAAGUGUCCCUCGACCCGCAGCACGACCGCUUGGUGAUGUUCUGGUCGGACAAGACGGUGUGGUCCAUCGCCCCGACGCAGGAGUUGCAGCCCCUGUUCCGCACGGGGAUGAAGAACAAAAACACGUUUUUCGCUUCGCCGCUCAAAGCCAGCAGGGCCCAGGCAGAGAGAGCAGCCGAGAUACAGAAGAAAGUGGACGAUUUGCAGACCGAGGCCAACACCAUCACAUGCGACGUAGACGCGCUGAGGCAGGCGUUAGAGCAGCUGUACCAGGAGACGGAGGCCGACAACGAAGCGGGCAUGUCCGACGUACCCAUAGUACCCCACGCCAUCGCAGUGGCGUUGGACCGAGGCCUUGGUGUCGGCCCCAACGCGGACCCGCAAGAGACGCCCCAGGUGAACCAAGCGCAGCUCGCAGCGACGCAGCCGAAGGCGGGCAACUACAACCAGCAGGAGGUUACCCCAGGGCACACGUCCAGUUCCUGCCUGCCCCCGCCAAAUCCGAGCCCGGCGUUAGCCCGUCAGCUCACCCAGGCGCAGUCCCUCCAGUCCGCGGCGCAGGCCUUGGCCGUCCAUGCCUCGCCCAAGAGGGAGACCAGGGGCGAGAUUCGCUCCACAGACGAGGUCGCCAUCGAGACGGCCGACGGUCAGCUGCAGCCAUUUCCCCCGCCGCCAGGCGCCCAACGGUCAUUCCCAGGAGACGAGCAGAGCCUUUAG